AUGACCCGCAUACAACGUGACCUCUCAGGAUCACCUCAUCAAGCCAACUAUCUCGAACCGAACGGAGAGGUCCCGAUGAUUCGACGUGCUAUUGGCAGGGUGCCGCAUGUAUGCAUCGUGGGAGCCGGCGCAGCGGGGCUUCGUUGCGCAGAUGUAUUGCUCCAGCAGGGUGUGAAAGUCACGAUUCUAGAAGGCCGGAAUCGCAUUGGUGGAAGGUUAUGUCAAAGCAGCUCCCUAGGACAUAUGGUCGAUCUCGGUCCAAACUGGAUACAUGGAACGGAUGACAACCCUUUCCUCGAUCUGGCUAAGAAAACGAAGACAGAGAUCAUGACGUGGGAUGGCCGACAAGCAGUUUUCGACCAAUAUGGGGCAGAAACACCGCUCAAAGAGGCGACUGAGAACUCCGAACUCGUCUGGACCAUCAUCGAGCAAGGCAUGCGGUACUCUAAUGAGAACACCGCAGAUAUCCCUGUAGAAAAGAGCUUGUACGACUUCUUCGAGGAGAAAGUGAAGGAGUUAAUUCCGUCAGUAUUGGAGAACGAUCAAGUCGCCGAAAAGAAGCGCGAUACGAUUCUCAAGAUGUCUGAGAUGUGGGGGGCUUUCAUAGGUACUGCCGUUCAGAAGCAAAGUCUGAAGUUCUUCUGGCUAGAAGAGUGUAUCGAUGGGGAGAAUCUUUUCGUUGCGGGGACUUAUCACAAGAUACUUAACGUUAUAGCGCAGAAUGCUCUUCAGAACGCUGAGAUACAGUUUGAGAAGAAGGUCGCAAGUAUAGAUUCUCAUGGUACUGAAGAAGAGCCUGCCGUUUCAGUUCGGCUAGAUAAUGGCGAGAAGCUCAACUUUGACGAAGUGGUGAUGACAGCACCAUUGGGAUGGCUCAAAAAGCAUAAGGAUGAUGCAUUUUCGCCUGAUCUUCCGAGUAGACUGAAGCAGGGGAUCGACUCGAUAGGAUACGGUCACUUAGACAAAGUCUACAUGACCUUUCCCAGCGCAUUCUGGAACGAAUCUAAUUCCGAUACAACAUUAACACCACCACCUCCUCCAACUUUAUCGCCAAACGUACCCGCUACAACCGCCCCCCUUAAUCAACCAACUCCACCAACCGUGAAUCCAAAUCACUACCCAGGCUUCGCACAAUGGAUAUCGCCGUACUACGCCCCAGAAACCAAUCCCUCCCACUGGAGCCAAGAAUGCGUGAACUUGGCAGCGCUUCCCCCAGCGACGGCUCACCCAACCCUCCUCUUCUACACCUACGGUCCAACAUCUCUCCACAUCGCCUCCGUCCUCUCCUCGACGCCCGAAUCCACACACGACAAAUUCCUCCAAGACUUUUUCACCCCGUACUACUCCCGCCUGCCAAACUACUCCCCCUCCGACCCUUCGUGCAAGCCCGCCGCCAUCCUCGCCACAGCGUGGGCUAACGACGAAUUGGCUGGAAACGGAAGCUACGCGAACUUCCAGACGGGGCUGGAGCGGGGCGACGAGGAUGUCGAAGUUAUGAGGAGGGGUCUCCCGGAGAGGGGGUUGUGGCUCGCGGGUGAGCAUACGGCGCCGUUCGUUGCGCUUGGGACGGUGACUGGGGCGUAUUGGGCUGGAGAGGGGGUCGGGAAGAGGAUACUGAAGGCGUAUGGACUGGAUGGGAAGAGUACGUGA